AGAGGGAGUGGGAGGGUUUCUUUUCUUUCAACUGAUUUCAAAAGAAAAUACAAUCUUUAUAUUAAAGAGAACCAACCCACUUCUGGAAUGAUCUUUGGAGUCUAAACGCUGUUCACUGAGCCGAUGGUUUUUUUUUGUGUGAGAGGAUCAAGGCCUAGUCUGGUGGCUGAACAAAAUCGGGAGUUAAAACGUUUAAACAGCGCGAUUUUUUCUAUCUAUUUGCUGCAGUGACUUACUUAUCAGCGGUUCCCUUCUUAAACCAUGGUGAAGAAGAAUACUGUCCCCGAUGGAUGGAGAGGCAUUAUUCCUGUUGGGAAACGUCUGUCAGGAACUAGAUUUGUUGCUUUUAAAGUGCCUCUGAAAGGGGCAAUAAGCCAAAGGCUCACAGCAAAACAAAAGUUUUCUCCAAAAGAUCUUAUAGCUAAAAUCAAAGAACAGAGUGAGGAGCUUGGAUUAAUUGUUGACUUGACAUAUACAACUCGCUACUACACAGAAAAAGAUUUGCCUAAAAGUGUACAGUAUAAAAAACUCUAUACUGUGGGGCAUGAAGUUCCAGAUGAUGCUACCAUUCUUCAAUUUAAACGAAUGGUCAGAAAAUUCUUGUGGGAAAACGCAGAUAAUGAUGUUAUUAUUGGAGUUCAUUGUACUAGUGGAGUUAAUAGAACUGGAUACCUUAUCUGCAGGUACCUAAUUGAUGUAGAAGGAAUGGAACCAGAAGCUACCAUUGAGCUUUUCAACAUAGCUCGUGGUCACAAAAUGGAUGGAGCUGUAUAUUUGACUGAUAUUCGAAGUGGACCAAUGAGAAGUAAUUUAGGAAUGGACGUGUUUGAUCCAGAGCCAGAACCUUCACCAAUGGAUCCAUAUUCGCCAUAUUCAUAUGAAGGACCACAUGGUCCAAGACCUUUACUCGAUGAUUAUCCCGGGCCUGGUUCAAGACACGGGCCCUCUUAUGGACGCCUACCUCUUCCUUCUCGAGACUUUGAUGCUCCCCCUUAUAACAGGUGGCAUGAAAGACCAAGACCUCUUCCUCCACCACUUCCACCUCCUCCUCCUUCACUUCUUUAUGGGGAGCGCAGACCUCUUCCCCACUUUGAUGACUACCCUCCAGAGGAAUAUAAUGGACGUUCAAGGUCCAACCAUUUCAACGAACAUAGAGCGAUACGUAACUCAGAAGAAAGUUCACGUGUGCACAGUAGAUAUGCACCAUAUUCCAACAGACCACCCGCACCUCAAGAUCGUUUUAGAGACGAUUUUGAGAGAAAAUCGUAUUCCAUUUCAGGCAGAAGAGAAUUAGAACCACAGCGGUCUGCAAGUUUUCCGGCCUUUACACGUGAUUAUAAUCAUGGUCACCCAAUUGACCACGGUCCCAGCCUAAGUGAAGUAGGCAGCGAUUGCUAUGAUAAUUUUGAUAGAUUUCAUGAAUAUGAAUGGAACUAAAUCACUAACUUUAAUGUAUAUUCAACUUUUUUAUUUUGAGUAUGGUAAAGACUUCUCAUAUUUUUCAUUACAGUUCUAGGCUUUUUCCAUACUGUUUUUUUUCAAAAAUGAAUAUUGAAGGACCAUGAACCCUCUAAAAUGCCUUUUACUUGUUACAUGGACAUAGAACUGUGUAGAUGUAAAGAUGUGCUGGUUUUAUUAGUACGAAGUAAGAUGAAAGUAGAAAUGUACACUCAUUUUUUGUAAAAUCAGUAUGAAUAUAGACUCAUUGUCUGUGUCCAGUUUGUUUCUAUUCAAGCACAACUGAUUGUAGACAUUUUUUAAAAUAAAAAUCAUUAGACUUUUAGUGUAUCUAAUAUUGUAUAUUGCUUGUGUGUCUGGAACUCACUGUCCAUCACAAAUGUUCAGUCAACUUUAAUGUUAUUUUGUACAUGAACUGAAAGGCAAUAUACAGUACCCUGUGAAAGGUUACUUCUGUAAUUCCAUUCAAUUCUUACUGUCAAUCAAAUUGAUUUUUAUCAUUAUAAUAUUCUAAGUUGACCAAAUCAAUGAACUAAUCCUGUUGAGUUUCAUAGGGACCCACUAGUCAAGUAAUAUUACAAUAAAUUCCUUAAAAUAAA